AUGGCAAAAAGCAGUCACAGCUGGUAUACAUUCGGCGUGGCCAUCUUCGCAGCCAUAGGCACAUUAUUCUUCGGCUUUGAUACUGGAAUUGCCACCACCACCAUCGCCCACAAAAGCUGGAUCGAGUACAUGAACCAUCCUUCUCAUGGCCUCACUGGCGCAGUCGUAGCUGUUUACAUUGCCGGAGAGGCUGUAGGAGCACUAAUCCAGACCUUUACUGGGGAUCGACUCGGACGUAUCCGAUUCAUGCAAAUGAUGUGCAUAAUUGUGACCAUCGGCGUGGUCAUACAGACAGCCGCUGUCAAUGUGGGCAUGUUCUUGGCUGGCCGCGUGCUUGCGGGAGUCGCUGUAGGAGGUAUGGUAGGAACGGUGCCCAUCUACCUCUCGGAGAUCUCAGCACCACAUCAACGUGGGCUCAUCGGAGGGAUCUCAGGCUGUGGAAUCUCUUUCGGAACCAUGGUGUCAAAUUGGGUGGGCUUUGCUUGCGGCCACGCGCCUUAUGGGCCCGUUCAAUGGCGCCUCCCUCUCGGCAUUCAAAUUCCCUGGGGCAUCAUUCUAUUCGUCGGCUUGAUGACUUUCAUGCCUGAUUCACCUCGCCAGCUGCUUCGAUCCGGAAAGGUCGAAAAAGCUCGGACGGAGUUCAUGAGGAUUCGUCGAGACUUGCAUUCACAUGAAGCAUUGGAGGAAUUCGCCCUGAUGCAUGCUCAAAUUGAAUACGAGAUGGAGCGCGAGAUCAAGUCAUACUCUGAGAUAUUUAAGCUCUUCCGACACCGUGCUUUGGUUUCCAUUGCCGUUCAAACCAUGACGUCUCUGACGGGCGUCAAUGUGAUCCAAUAUUAUCAGACGAUUCUUUACAAAUCGCUCGGCAUCCAGCAAACCACAAUUCUGGCUUUGGCUGGACUCUACGGAACGAUGGCAUUCCUAUCCAACGUCCUCACGACGCGCUUCCUCACCGAUCAAUGGGGUCGUCGCAAGAUGAUCUUGACAGGCUUGGCAGGCAUCAUUGUGAUCGAAAUCUACGCCGCUGUCAUGCAGCGCGAAUUUCAGAACACCAACAAUCGCGUUGGCAAAGGCUUCGCAGUCUUGGGCAUCUAUCUCUUCGUCGUGACCUACUAUGGUAUGCUCAACAGCACGACCUGGCUGUACGGAGCAGAAGUUCUACCAAUAGCACUCAGAAGUAAAGUCAUGGGCUUGGCUGCAGCGAGCCACUUUAUCGUCAAUGUCGCAAUCACCGAAGCCGGCCCUUCUGCUUUCGCCACAAUUCACGAGAACUACUACUAUGUCUUCGUAGGUUGUACGCUCUUCUUCCUGGUGAUUGCGUAUUUCUACUUUGAGGAAACUAGGCACAAGACACUCGAAGAGAUCGCCGCUGCGUUCGGCGAUCGUGUCGUCACCUUGACAGAAAGGGAUCCGACGGCUGAGGAGACUACGUUCCAUGGCAAGGAUGUCUUUGCGGACCGAAUUGAUGCUAAGAAGUCGGUGGAAAGCUGA